AUGCUGAAAGCCGUCCAGUCGCCGGUCAGAUCGCUGCUCGGCCGGCUACCGCAGCCUCGUCUGCCCGACCGUCUGAAGGGCGGCGUGAUCGAGAGCGCCGUCAAGUACCUGCGGAACGUCGCCCACGACUACAAGAGCGUCUACCUGGAGACGAGGCAGGACAUGCGCGACCGACCACUGAGGGCGACGGUGAUCGGCUCGGCGCUGCUCGGCCUCGCCUACCUCGCCCACCACAACCCCACCGAGGAGGAGUUCAUCGGUCAGCUGGUGACGGCGAACAAUCAGCUGGCUCGUGUGCCGCCGCCCCUUCGAAAUCCGGUCGCCUACGGGCACGUCUACGAGGUGGCCAAGCUGCAGGACGAACGCCUGCUGCGCCACCAGUCUCUGGGCUUCCUCUCGGUGAUCUACCGCGAGGACAACUCUCCGGAGACGGCCAACUUUGCCGCUCAGUGCAAGUACCUUCGGCCGAGCUUUCGCAGCUACCUCACUGAGCGCAUCGUCGACGUGGGCGUGCUGGGGCAGUACCGCAUGCUGAAGCACCGCAUGACGGACUACGACGUCAGUCCGGAGCUGGCGCCCUAA